ACCUUAAGAGUCGACUGCUGUGAAGAAGGGAGUUUGGACGGGUUGGACGUCGGAGGUGUCUUAAGUGUGUUGUCGGCGUUCAAAAUGGCAAAUUUAAGACAGACCCCUCUCACAUGCAGUGGGCAUACUCGGCCCGUAGUGCACUUAGCAUUCAGUGAUGUCACUGAUACCGGCUAUUAUCUAAUUUCAGCCUGUAAAGAUGGGAAGCCAAUGCUCAGGCAGGGAGACACUGGUGAUUGGAUUGGCACUUUUGAAGGCCACAAGGGAGCCGUUUGGGGGGUAGCCUUGAAUUCGCAGGCGACGAGAGCAGCUUCUGGAGCGGCCGACUUCAAUGCUAAGGUAUGGGAUGCAGUGUCUGGAGAUGAACUCCACUCUUUCCAGCACAACCAUAUUGUGAAGAGUGUAGGAUUUUCAGCAGACAGUUCCCAUUUUGUGACUGGAAGCAACGAGAAGUUACUUCGUAUUUUUGAUUUGAACAAACCUGAAGCAGACCCCACAGUCUUCAGUGGUCAUACAGGGGGUUUAAAACAUGUAAUGUUCUUCAGAGGGGAUAAACAGUUGAUAAGUUGUGCUGAUGAUAAAACCAUCAGAGUGUGGGACAGAGCUUCAGGCCAGGAGGUGCAAAAAGUGGAGCUUUCUGCUGCUCCAAGUAGCUUAGAAGUAUCUAAGGAUGGAUCAUUGAUGACUGUGACUCAUGGGAAUGUUGUCAGUUUCUUGGACACAGAGAAGUUUGAACCAGUUAAAGAAUUCACUAUGCCGACCCAAGUCAGUUCAGCGUCACUUCAUCCUGACAAGACAAUCUUUGUCUGUGGGGGAGAUGACUUCAAAAUGUACAAGUAUAAUUAUUCAACUGGAACAGAAAUUGAAUCAUUUAAGGGACAUUUUGGCCCUGUACAUUGUGUACGAUUUGCCCCUGAUGGGGAGCUUUAUGCUAGUGGAUCUGAAGAUGGUACCCUCCGUUUGUGGCAAACAACAGUUGGGAAGACUUAUGGUCUUUGGAAAUGUGUUGAGGCAACCAUUGGUAAUUCAACGGAAUCUGCUAACCCACCUGCACCAACAAUCCAAGAGGUCCCUGCAAAUUAAAUUAUUGGAAUUACAAAAUUAUUUCAAAAGAUAUCAGCAUCCAAUAACUCUUUUUCAACCUAUAUUGGUGGAAGUACUUAACUGCUUCUAAAAUGAUAUCCUUUGGUUAACUUGUACAUGUUAAACAGCAUUUGUCUUAAAACAAAAUUUUUGAUAAGAUCGCACAAGUUUUCACACUAGCCUUUCAAAAUUUAAUAACAUGCAUCCUGAUUGUUCUUUGAGCUCAGGUGAUAUAUUAUGAUUGUGAUAUUUUUUUACUGUGGUUCCACAAUUGAAUAGUGUACUGUUUCAUAAUAUUUUUCAAAGCAUUGUUUUUCCUCCUUCAAGUAAGUUUCAUUAGAAGGCUUUUAAAUUAUUUUUAAUGAUUAUUAUUUAUUGGCCAACAAUCUAAAUUGUAUUUUUUUCUCCAAUAGUACUACCAUUGUUGAAAGAUUUUUUCCCCUCGUGUAUGUGGAUUUUAUUACAUUUUUCAAAACGCCAAAACAAAAUUGAAACUAAUUACAAGGCUCAUAUUAGGCCCAAGAUUUUAUGUUGGUCCCACUUCAGGGGUUGUGCAGACUACAAGUUGACUUUGUCGUUCUUCACCUGUUAAAAAAAUGUCUGUGCCAACCAUCCGGCAUUUUGUAUUUUUUUUAUUUUUUUUUUGUUUUGUUUUUCCUUUGUCUUCCAGAGAUAGUAGGAAGUCAAAGUUAUGUAUUUUUGGUUUGAAUAUGUCAACCUGAUCUGUGCAUUGGUGAUUUAUCAAAAUAUGCAGAGUGAUUAGCUUCUUGUUGCAUUAUUGGGAACUGUUUGAUAUUGAUGUGAUGAUAUCUAAAGUAAUGUAUUACAAAUUCAAUCAUUAUUGGUAGAGGUCAUCUGGUCAAGUUAGACGGUGGAGAUUGAAGACUCAGCUCGCUGCUCGUUCUUGCAUAAAUUUUGUUGUCUUUGCCUUGUAGGACAUUGUGAACUUAUCUAGUUCAUAGUCUUUUUUACCCAGUCCUAGAAGAAUUUCCAUGUUCCUAAGAAGGCAUCCUCAGGAUUUACAUUACUUUGCUGACUGCAAGAAAGUGCUCGAGCUAUUUUCAUAUUUUUAAUUUAUUCUCACUAGAGUUAAUGACUUGUGAUAUUGUUUAUACCCUUGCAUUAAGUAACCUGUGAGGAAAGUAUGACCCAUCAUUUUCAUGUUUUCUAGACUUCUACAAUAGCCCUCUUUAAGCAUGGUUUCAUUAUUUUCAUGUCAUAUACUCAGUCAUACAUAAUUGUGACUAAAAUCCCAAUAAGGACUUGAAAGUAGUGGCAGGAUACAUCCUUGUUUCAAAUGUGAGUUUCCUUGGAAGGAUGCAAGACUUUAAAACAUUUCCUAUUGAUUAUUUCACCCUUACUUCAGCAUCAAAGCAAAGGCAUGUCUGCAUUCCACUUAAUAAAUAUUCAUUUUGAAAGAAGUAA